AUGAUAUUUUUAUCGCUUUACAGCAUCAGCUGCCCUCCCGGAUGCACUUCAGGAAAUAUCUGGGGGACUGGCAUCUACACAAGCGAUUCCCGAGUUUGCCAAGCUGCUAUUCACGACGGUAGAAUAACAGAAAUAGGUGGACGGGUGACUGUGUACGUAUGGUCCGGGCAGCAGUCGUAUCAGGGAUCCACUCAGAACGGUAUCACAUCACAAAGUUAUGGAGAUUGGACAAGUUCCUUCGCUUUUAGACCAGAACAAACAACAACUUUACCUGUGACUACAACAACUUUGCCAACCAGAAGGCCAGAAGGGUGUCAUGGGAAGACCCAUUUUGAAUGUGACAAUGGUGAAUGUAUAAAUACGAAGUACCUUUGUGAUGGCAAUGAUGAGUGUGGAGACUGGAGUGACGAGGUCAACUGCACGACCACAACAACACAAGGCCAAACAAUACCUGUUACAACGACAUUGGCCAACAACUCAACAUCACAGGCCAACAGCACAAAUGCAUCUUUAACCACACCUCCUUUGACUACAACAACACCGACAACCGUCCACACGACUACAACACAGUCAGAAUGCCCGAAGGGUCUUUUUCGAUGUGACAAUGGCCGGUGUAUUACGACUAACUGGCAGUGCGAUGGCGAUGACGAUUGUGGUGAUGGAAGUGACGAAACAAACUGCAACCCGACGACGCCUUUAACUACUUUACACACCGAUGGAACUAGUUCAUGGACAACGAGACCGAGUGACACGACGCCUUUAACUACUUUACACACGGAUGUAACUUGUUCAUGGACAAUGGGACCGAGUGACACGACGUCUUUAACUACUUUACACGCGGAUGCCACUAGUUCGUGGACAACGGAACCUAGUGACCCGACGUCUUUAACUACUUUGCACGCAGAGGCCACUAGUUCGUGGUCAACGGCACCAGCUGACACGACGUCAUUUACUACUUUAUGCCGCUGCCACGCCUUUGCAACUAGUUCAUCGACAACUGGACCAGGUGAUCUGACGUCUGCAACUACUCCGCACACCCUCGCAACCAGUUCACGGACAAGGGCAUCAGGUGGUAUAAAGUUGUGAUGAAUGAUGUUGAAUGCGGUUUGCUGAAUGUUUCCGUGUAAACGUGGCUUGAAACGAGGUGUAAAUGUGUGAGGAGAGCUUGAGUUUCCUUGUCUUCUCCUUGACUGAAUGUAAGUCUUUUCUUUCGUCUGUUCUUGAUCAUGAAGACUUGUACACGCACAAGUACACACACCUACACAUGGUCAUACGCGUGCAUGGUACAGACUCUCUUGUAGUAUAAGUCUCUACGUAGGUACAGGAAGGAGAGGAAGACCACGACGGGUGUAUGGCCUACCAGUCCAGACGAGACAGAACUACAAGCCUAGUACUACCUACAACUACAAAGGCAGUAAUGACACCAGCGGUAAUCUCAGAAGCUGCGGGGUUACAUCAGGAUUGGUUCGGAUUGAGACAACUUCCAACCUUAGGCACCAGGACACCACUGCAGAUCAUCUCGCCAUAUUAAAAACUGUUAUCAAAAAUGAUUAUUUUUUGUUUACAAUUUGAAUUUGUGGAUAGACUAGGCGUUUUAUCAUUGUAUAGCGUUUGAGAAAAUUAUGAUGUAUUUAUUUAUUAUUAAUAAUACCAUUGGCAUGUCUUUUUAUGAAAUGUAAUCAUUCAGACAUCUA